AUGAACUUCGAGCUCCCCCAAGAGGUACGGGAUUAUUUGUCUCAACUCGACAAGUUCAUUACGCGCACUAUAAUACCACUGCAGAAGAAAGAUGAUAAUGAUCGUUUUUUCGAUCAUCGUCGUGAGGCCUCACGAACGCAGUGGGACAACCAGGGACUGCCUACCAACGAGUGGGAGAGCUUGCUCAAACAAGCUAAAGACCUCGCGGACCAAGCAGGAUUUUACCGAUUUGCCUGCCCUAAAGAAUUUGGAGGAUCGGGAAAUGAAUCCUUGAACCUAUUCAUGUGCGCAGUCCGAUAUCAUCUAUCCUCCCAUCCCGUAUAUGGAGGAGGCAUUAGCUUGGCCAAUGAUUUGCAAAGCGAACACAGCAUGGUGGGCAAUCUGCCAUUCGUCAUAUUGAUCAACCACUACGGCACACCAGAGCAACGAAAAAAGUUUAUUCCUGCUACUAUCCGGGGAGAGUUGAAGGCUACUUUUGGGUUGACUGAAAGUAACCAUGGCUCCGAUGCGACGCAUAUGGAAACGACAGCCCAUCCAGUUAUCCUUCCUUCCGGGGAUCGGGGGUACGAGAUCAACGGAAACAAAAAAUGGCAAACGGGCAUACACCACGCCAACUACUGUAUCGUUUUCGCUCGGACCUCUGGUAGAAGUGGCGAUGCCAAGGGCAUCACCGCGUUCCUCGUUCCCAAAGACUCACCUGGACUAGCCGUGACGUCUUACGAAUGGACAAUGAAUAUGCCUACAGACCAUGGCACGAUCCUUUUAGAAAAGGUGUGUGUCCCCGAGUCCGCCAUCCUCGGGCUGCGGGACAAUGGGCUGGCGAUUGCGCAAACAUUCACCCAUGAAAAUCGGAUCCGACAGGCCGCCUCCAGCUGUGGUGCUGCGAGAUACUGUGUCGACCGAAGUGUUGAGCAUGCCAAUAGGCGCAAGGUAUUCGGAAAGCCACUAUCCUCUAAUCAGGCUAUCCAAUGGCCUCUGGUUGAGCUUGCGACGCAGGCCGAGAUGCUCAGGCUCCUUAUUCUCCGAACGGCAGUAGAGAUGGACGAAGUCACGGCACAGGCAAAGGCAGCUGGUCGGCCACCGUGGGUGGCUAUAGAGAGGCAACUCGGACACAGGAUUGGAAUGUGCAAUUACUACGCUAACCGACUGGCUUGUGAAGCAGCGGAUAGGGCGAUACAGAUCCACGGAGGCGAUGGGUAUUCCAGACACCAUCCCUUCGAGCAUAUCUGGAGGCAUUUCAGACGCUAUAGGAUUACCGAAGGAAGUGAAGAGGUUCAAAUUCGAAAGAUUGCUGCUUAUCUAUUCGGUUACAAAUCUACCGGGGAAGAUGCAGUGCGAGACAAAGCCCCAAAACUCUAA